AUGAUGACAGAUAGAAAUACUGUAGCCAAUAAUAACAAAAAACCAGAAGUGGUCACAAAACACAAGAAAAGUGUAGUUCAGUUUCAAGUUCAAGAGUUUGGCCCGAAAUUUAGCAAGGAAAGUGCUUUGGAUCGAGAUCGUGAUAAUAAUUAUGUGAUCACUGAUAAUGAUGAAACAAUAACACAAACAAGUUCAUCCUCAUCUCAAAUGCAUCAAGCAAUUAGUAUGUAUAAUGUGAAACCGGGCACUUCAAUGAUUGGACCACCAAUGAUAUCUGUUAUGGGACCAGUUGUUGAUGAUGAAUCAUUUGAUGAAGAUGAAUAUAUCAAGAAAACACUUCGACAUUUUCCAUGGUAUUGGGGUUUAGUAUUGAGCACAUCUUUGGCAACAUAUCUAAAAGUAAUUUAUAUCCUCAAUAAAUCUGAUUGAUUCAAUAUUUAUUUUCAGAAUCCAUAUUCUUUUAUUGUUCGUCGAACUAUUGAUUCAAAUAACAAUAAGGUUUUCCUUGUUUCUGUUCGUGAAAAUGACACAAUCAAUCAUUAUGAAAUUCGUCGAAAAUCUAAAAGUUGGAUGUCGCCAAAAUUGUUUGGUUCAAAUCAGCCGAAAACAAGUUUUGCACAUAUUCAUAAAUUAUUAGAUGCUUGGUCAUUGACACUUUCAAAUGGUUUGAUGCCAAUCCCAAAACCUUCUACAAUUGUUUUUCAUGAUAACAUAAAAAUGACAAAAGUAUUAGGAAAAGGAGCUUUUGGUGAUGUAUGGCAAGCUAAAAUAAUAUUGCAAAAUGGAGAAAUCAGAGAUUGUGCUAUUAAAAUGAUACGAGGAGAUGCAACAAGAACACAAAUUGCAGAAUUUUAUCAGGAAGUUCAAAUCAUGGCAUUAUUUGAUAAUCCAUAUGUUAUAAAAUAUUAUGGAACUGCUUGUUUAUUGACACCUGUUAUGGUUGCAAUGGAAUUGUUGACUGGAGGAGAUUUGUGGACCUUGUUAAGGUAUCAUUUUUGUAUUUAAAAUAACUAACUGUAAAAAUUAAUUCAGAAGUGACGACAGUAUUAGCAAUUUGAAACAAUGUGAAAUGUCAUCUGAUAUUGCAAAAGGAAUGAAACAUCUUGCACAUUGUAAAAUAAUUCAUCGAGAUUUGGCAGCUCGAAAUUGUUUGCUGACUGCAGAUCAUCGUGUUAAAAUAUCUGAUUUUGGUCUUUCGGUUCAAGCAACUCAAGUUAUUGUCAAAAAGUUGAAACAAGCUCCAAUUCGAUGGCUCAGCCCAGAAACCCUUACAAAAGGAAUUUUCAAUGAAAAAACUGAUGUUUGGUCAUAUGGAGUUGUUCUUUGGGAAAUAUUCACCAAAUGUGCCAAUCCACCAUUACACCCAAAAACCAUGAAAGAAUCAGCGGUUAUAAUAAAAGAAGUUGAUAAUCCACAUCGAUUACAAGGCGAAAAAGAAAUAAGUGAUUUGAUAUCAUUUUGCUGUAAGAAGGAUCCAACUGAACGAUUAACUUUUGAAGUUAUUGUUUCUGUUUGGGAUGCGUAUAUCAGUAAUUAUAAAGAGGUAAUUUUGUAUGUUUCAUUCAUAAAAUUAUGGGUUUUAUUUUCAGAAAAAAAUCAAGAAGAAAAACACUGUUCGCAAAUCUGUGGUGAAAGAAAAUAAUCAAAAAACAGUGAAAGAAAAACUGGAAGAAGUUUCGAGUUUUGAACCGAAAACCGAAAAUGAGAACCGACCGAAAGGAGCUCGAAGUAUUGGAAACAAAAAAUUUACUAAUAAAUGA